AUGCUAUUGACAAUUUACAGUCAUUGGAGGCAACAGCCACGUGAAUCCUGCAACAAAAUCAUCAGAAAACUGGACCUGUUACUUGCCAAGGUGGAUACUGAGGGCCUGAAAUGGCUUUUUUUUUGUAUGAGUGAACUGGCUUGUGAAUGUCAAGAUAAUGUUUCAGUGGAUCAGUUGGAUGGAAAUUGUCUGUCUGGACAAUCACCUCUUCUGUAUUGGCCGAAGAUGCGGAAGUGUGCCUUGGAUGGAAUACAAAAUCCAGAACUUUUCAAAUUUGCUACCUAUGCAGCCUUGUCUUUUGUCACAAGUCUACAAUUCCUGGAGGAAGGCGGAGCCAUAGUUGCAAAAGACAAAGAAGGUGCUACAUAUGGAAAGCUCUCUUUAUGGCUAGCUCAAGUUUCAGAACGACAGGAAGAGAAAUCACCAGACAAAUUGAAAUCAAUUGCACUAUUCUACAUAGAUGCUCUGACAUACUUCCAAGACACACCUGGUUUGAUCUUCAAGGUGGUAUCCUACUGGUCGAUUGUAUCAAGUUUUGAAGAAGCUUGCUUCCCUAUGUUAACCAAAGAAAUGAAGCAAGUUCCUAGUCACAAGUUUAUACCAGUCAUUCCUCAGCUUUGUGAAUUACUACACUUCCCAGAAGCUGGAUUCAAAAUGGGUUUGAUGGAGAUCUUGACCAGAUUAUCAGAGGACCAUCAUUUCCAUUCAGUUAUGACCCUCUUAUAUCAUGCAAAAUUUGAACCAGGAAUAGAACUUGACAAACAAGCAGGGAAUCCAUCUGACCAAAGUCUUUGA